AUGACCGAGAAUCGCUGCUCAGAUUGGGAUGUGCCGCUUAGCUCGCUCCUUCCCCCUUCCGCCUCCAGAAAACGGCGCCGGAUCCGUCCUCCUCUACCGCACCACCUGUUCAGCGAACUGGCAGACGAUAUCCUCGUCGAGAUUCUGAUUCGACUCCCAAACCCUAGAUCCUCCUGCCGCUGCAAAUCCGUCUGCAAGCGGUGGAGAUCCCUCAUCGCCGACCCCAGCUUCAACCGCCGCUUUAUUUCUCAUCACCAGACAAAGAACCAACCAGCAUCCCUGUUCAUCCCCGGACACGACCCCGAGGAGUCCAUCCUCAGCUUUCUCCCCGUGCCCGAUAAAGCUCGACCGCGAUUCAGAGCCUUCGAUUGCUUCAAGGACUUGGUUUUGUGCGGGUUCGUUAAUUCUUAUUCCGAAUUGGGCAAAUCCUUCUUUCUCUGCAAUCCGUUUACCAAGCAAUGGGUCGCUCUUCCUCUGGCCCCUGGGAAACCAGUGCCUCAUGACGGAUUGGCAGCAGGGUUGGUUUGUCAACCCCGUAGCAAUUGUAAACUCGUGCAGCAGCUGGGAGAUGAACCAGAACCAGAACCAUCCUUUGUUUACUCGGAGUAUCGUUUCCGCGUGGUGUGCCUUUUCCAGAAUGGAUGUAAUCAAACAAUACUGCUGUUUUGUUCGGAGUCGGGGGAAUGGACGCAGAUUUUGAUGGAGAGGCAUGCAAAAUCGCCGCUGGUCAAUGCAGUCACCUGCAACGGGAAGUUGUAUUGGGAGCAGACUCACCUGCUGGCUAACUUUGUUGCAUAUGAUCCUUUCCGCCCUUGUAUACCCCCUGAAUUGGUGCUUGAACUUGAGUGUUUUUCACAAGGGUGCUUUUCACAUGAGCAAAAUAUUUCUGUCUCACAGGGUGCUCUUCACAUGAUUUUAUUUGACCUUGAAUCUCCAAGGAAAUACGUGAUUGUUUGGAGACUCGAAGAGGACGGCGUGCAUUGGACCCAACAGUACAAAACUGUGCUGAAGGCGACGACGUUGUGUGGCUAUAAACUUGAGCAUUGCUAUGUGCUUGGUCUGCAUCCGGAGCAGCCGGAAAUUGUCUUCUUUCAAUACAACAGAGAAUCUUACUUCUUUCAAAACAACUUAGAAUCUUCUGCACCGUGUAUCUUCUCAUGCAAUUUGAGGAACGGGAUGAGAGGGCCGGAGUUGUUUUCCGCGGGACUUUUUCGCAGAGAGGAGCCCUGUUGGAGGGCGCUGCAGCCAAGAGUCUCUUGCUGGCCUACUCCGAUUCCGAGGUACGAGCAGUUGCGAGGUAUGUACGAUGGAAGCUACGGUUGUUGA